GCACGUGAACAUGUAGAAAUGACAUCAGACGGCCUUGACAGUGAAUGGUUGGGGUACCGGCUUUCCUACAUGUUGAAUCGUUCGAGCUGUCAUUGGGGAGGUAGCGAGCAACUGGCACACACGUAAUUUUACAUCGGAGGCAAAACAGAAGUGCAGAUGUUGGAAAUAACGAGCCCUCGUGGCACAGGACACAGGAUGCCUGUUGACUUCACUACCUACCUGUUGUCAUCCAGCCCCCCAGCUUCCAGCCUGGAGCUGUUGACAUAUGCCUUCCACCCAGACGACAAACGCAUCGGCCACUCAGACGGGGAACUUUAUCACCAGUCACGAUUACCAAGUUUGAGUCAAAGACGGAACAACGCUCCUCUUAAACCCAUUAUUAUCAAACCGGAAACAAACAGCGAUACCUCAGCGUCGACUUCCGGUAGUUCGACUCCGACGAGUCCACGGUCUGCCAGUCCACAUUCUCCUGGAAGGUUAAAGAAGAAAGUGUCAUUCGCAGACCACCAAGGAAAGGCUCUCGCUACAGUGCGAGUUAUGACAGAGGCGUCUGAUAUGCCUCCAAGGAUUCGUCCUGAGGUUCUCGCCUCAGUGACGCAAGGGGCGUCAGCUGCAGUGACGGAACAACCUCCGUUAAAACUUUGUUUUAAUCAGCCAGCGUCGGACUAUUUGGCGUUCAGAGACAGGUUGGAAAAAGAGUUUGUGUCUCUGGAAAAUGUGAUAUUAAGGGACUACCGUGUUGGAGGAACCGUGAAGGUUAAAAAUGUUACUUUUCAUAAAAGCGUCUUUGUUAGAGUUACGUUCGACUCAUGGGAGACUUUCGAGGACACCAAAGCUUCGUUCGUCCCCAGCCCAGCAGAUCAUAGUGUCUACGACACGUUUUCGUUUGAGUUCAAUGUCCCUACAAACUUUGACAUGGGUAAAGUGAUAGAAUUCGCAGUGUGUUACGAAGCAGACGAAUCACAGUUCUGGGACAGCAACAGUGGAAAUAAUUAUCAUAUUGUAUCAGCAGAUUACAAAAAAGUCCAGCAACCCAAGUUUGUAUCUCACAGUAUCUGGCCUGAACACAAUUCGAACUGGUCCGAGUACGCUUGUUGGAAUCAUGUCGAUACAACAACCCCAUACUGGUGAAAAAAUAACUCUGUAUAAACCAGAACUUUCAUUUGUGGCGCCGCAGCUGUGAUGCUUGAGCAUUAAGCCCGUGAGAGUCCAUUAUUCAAGCACUGCUUGUGAGAAGCUACGACGAACAGCUGCCAUAAACACAGCUGAGAUCUCAUUGUGUAACGUCUCUCGGCUUAAUUUGAAAUGGACUUCUCGCAUGUCUACUUAAAGUACUAAUGUGGUUUGGAAUAUUUGCGUAACCAAAGAAAGGAUUUUACACACAGCUCAUUUGCGAGGCAGCUCUGCCAUGAAGGGACACGUGGAUCCUUGUUGAAGCAUCGUUCUAUGUGUAUCUAGAAUAGAAACAUUUCCAUGUGUACAUUUCCAUUGCUGUAGACAGCUCUAACUCAUCUGUGAUAUUACCUUUUGAAUGGCACGAACAGAGAGGUUUUAGUACUUUUGAUACAUUGGGAGAUAUUGGAAUUAUCAAUAUGGAUUCCAGAUGGUGUAAUGAUUAGUCUUGAUACAUGACCCAAUAAGACACGUCAGCAUGUUACGACCCCACAUUCACAUGAAUCGGAUAUAUUUUUCACCAUUUGUUAUUUUUAGAUAUUUGGGUUUCUGUUAACGUACACCAGUGAUCUAGCUCAAGAAUCCUGUUCCAAAUAUCUGUGAUUGUCGUUCCUUUCGGGAAUCUUUGUUACAAUGAGAACAAAUAUGUUGUAUUUCAAGAUGGCGGCUACCCACACGUUUUAACGUAACCAUCAGACGUUUCGGUGGUAAGUUAGUUGGGUGUAUUAGUACUUAUGAAUGAUUGUAUGGUGACUGGAUGUUAACCUCAUAUUCGUGUUAUAACAGUUGAAAGAAUAUCCAUGUUCAGGGACAGUUUUGUCUGGGUACAACAGCGUAGAGAUGCGAAGAUUACGUAAAAAAACUGCAGAAGUUGCGUUUCAUUCCUGACUUUCAGCUAACAUACUGAACAAAACAGUUAGGGAUCAUGAAUAUGUAUGGGGAUAUUAUAAUGCUGUCGUGUGCUCAGUCUUCACUUCAAAGAAAUCACCCUAAAGAUAAUUAUGUUCCCUAAUAUAUUUUGUUCAGUAUAUUUACGAAUGAAACGCGAUGUCCUAUUGAUGGCAUGGAGCGAAUAACGGAUUCAUUGAGCUUUAUGAACAUGGGCAAUGAAUGUCCAUCUCUCUGAUCAGAGAUUGUGAUUGUGGUAUGCUUCUGUCAGUAUGCGGUUUGAAUCCAUGUCUCACUAUAUCUACGGGUAAAACACAUGCACGUUGCUUGGCAUUUAAAGAACGUUGUGUAGUCGCCAUUUUGUUAUGCGGGUUGUCUUUCUAACGGAAGAUUACAGUAUUGAAACUGUAUGUAUGUAUGUAUGUCAAUAGUAUUUUAUACAAAUGUUCAAUUCUGUUGUAUUUAACUGUACAUAGAAUUUACCAAUUGUUGGACUGAGAUCUCGCGUGCACAUGAUUGCUUGUGCCGCUAGUGAUGAUCUAGGUACACCCUAUUUCGAUGGUGCUUGAGUGUAAGAGGAAGUGACGUCACAAGGGCCGAUGACAUGGAGGAGCGUUAGUCUGGUGCGUGAAUGAUGUAUAAUCGUAUGUACACUGCGUAACGACAUUAAACGUGUGGAAGUGUU